AUGGGUCGUGAAUUGCAAAAGAAGAAGCGCCGCUCCGGCCGCCAGCCGAUCCGCCAGUCCAACAAGACAAAGAAGAUUCUCAACCCGCGGGGCAACAACAUCAUUGCCGAGAACUGGGAUAAGAAAGCCACGCUGUCGCAAAACUACCGCCGUCUGGGUCUCGUAUCCCGUCUGCGCGCGCCGACCGGCGGUGUCGAGGGGCGGCUGGACAGCAAGUCCUCGUCCGUCGCCGCCCUCCGAGCCGCCCACUCGGCCGCCGACGCCGCCUCCUCCUCCGUGUCGCCGUUUGCCAUUGCCAGCACGUCCGAGGCCAUCAUCUCAGAAGCCCGCGUCGAGCGGGACGCGUCGGGCAAGAUCACGCGCAUUAUCCGCCCCGGGGACAACAAUCCGCUCGGGGACGCGCUCGCCCACCUCGACUCGGACGAGGAGGAGGAGGGCCAGCAGAAGCUCGUCGUGACGGAGCUCGAGGACGGCAGCUACCAGAAGAGCAGGAAGCAGAGGGAGGAGCGCGAGGAGUGGGGCGGCAUCGUCGACACAGAGGACGCCGGCAUGACGGACGUGGUCAGGGAGCUGGUGGAGCAGGCGAGGAACCCGGCGCCGAAAAAGGCGAGACAUUUGAGCGAGAGGGAGGCCGAGUGGCUGGGACGGCUGGUCGCCAAGCAUGGCGAGAAUACACGCGCCAUGGCGAGGGAUGCCCGGCUCAACCCGAUGCAGCAGACGGCCGCGGACCUUGCGCGCAGGCUGAAGAAGCUGAAUGCAUAA